GUGGGGACCUAGUGCCACAUAGCCAGGUGACUAUGAUCGUGGCUGUCCCAUGACUGGUGCCAGAGCAAAGAUUGCACUAUGUCACACUGUGUCAAAGUCUGAGGGUCUGUGACAGACAACUCUGAGUGUGACAGGUAUUUCGCCAAAAUUAGGCUCAUGGACAGCAGCUUUGGUAACCACGACUGCUCCAGUCGCCGCCUAGAAGUCGCCAUUUUGAAUGGCGAUGUUGACGACAUGGAAGAUGUUCUCAGGCGAAUACCCGACUUGACCGACAGGAGAAAGAAAUCGCUUUUUGAAGCAGCGGUCUACACAAGCAACCGUGAUGUGAUUUUGUGUUUACUUCGUCACGGCAUCUUGCCGAAAGAGGAAUCCUCCAUAUUUAAUUCUAUACAACAGGUGCAGAACUUCAAGGCGCUGAUUGCCGACUGCUCGGGUCUGACGUCAUCUUCAGGCAAACGUUUGCUGCACGUGGCCGUUUCUGCCAACCCGCGCCUGAUCCCGCUCCUGGUAGAGACCGGAUGUGACGUCAACGCACGUGAUCUGGUCCGCGGCAACACACCUCUGCACGUGGCGUGCAUUCAGUGCCAGCAGGCAGCCGCCCUCGCGCUCGUCCGAGCAGGAGCGCGCGUGAACGAGUUGAAUGACGGACUUCAGACGCCGCUCUACGUCUUGCUGAAGUCGGCGCACGCAGCCCGGAAGUCGGCGUUUCACGCCAAAUCUCGUCAAAAUCUCGCGCUGAUCCUCAUCCGCAUGGGAUUCCAACUGGUGACCUCACAGGAGAUCGGCGACCUUCAGCGAGACAAACAUUUUUACAGGGUCAGCGACCUUCACCGCAGGCUGCUGAGGGCCACGUGUCACGUGCCGACGCUCCAGCAUCUCUGUCGGGUAGAGAUACGACGCGCGUGCGAGGUCACAGGGAAGGUCAGAGGUCAGAACAUGCAGCAAGUGUUGCAGCAGCUGGAGGUGUCGCGAUGUUUGGUCAAUUACUUAUCGUUUCAACAGUUGCUAGGCGACCCACAACAGCUUCGAGCUGGCGAUCAGGGCAAGAGAGCGGCCAUCCAGACAGCCGUCCACUUUGGUUGAUUUCUCGUCUUCCCAGCCUCCUCUCUGACAGUCACGUGACUCAGGACUCGGGACACUACCAUGUGCCAGAGAUGGCGCGAGAAACUAUAAGAUCUCAUUAUUAUUACUUUUUCUUUUUUUUUUGGUUGUUGCGCUUGCGCUGAGGUGUCCAACGUUGAUUUGACUUUUUUUCCUUUAAAUAAGCAGUAAAUACCUAAAAAGUUUUAUAAAUGUUCUUCAAACCUUAGAUUGACAGCAGGUUCACCUCUUUUGCAGUAGACGCUGUUGGAGGCAGGAACUUUGCAUUAAUUUGCAUGUGUAUGUGGUGUGUGUGUAUAUAUAUAUAUACUGCAUAUUCGUGUAGGGUUGUGUUAGUAUAUAUAUGUGUGUGUGUGUGUGUUUAUUUUAUUUAUAUGCGUGCGUGCGUUUUUGUCUCCAUUAUAUAUUUGGAUGUAACUCCUCCCCUCUACUUCAAAUAAACAAAAUCUUUUCGUCAGUACAAAUGAAAAGGAAAUUAUGCAGUAAAUCUUUUUAUAUUUUUUAAUUCUGAAAAAGAUAUUGAUAUUAACUAGUUAUGUGUCUGGCUGGCCUAUGGCCAUGAACAGUCGAGAAGAUUGUGUGUGUGUGAGUGAGUUGUCAUUAUUUUCUCUCACAUUUGGUGUUUAUUCAUAUUUAGAUGGAGUGUAUCCUGUACAUAUGUUUAUUUAGACAGUUUUGAUUGGAUUUUCGUUUCGGAUUUUUAGAAGAAAAUCGAAGGUAGCAACAAUUAUUUAUAUUCUACCUCUGGGAUAUCUGAGUGGCAAAAAUCCUCCAAGGAAGUCGUCAUCACAUACAUGUCGUAGAUGUUGAUGCUCGCCUAUACUGAAAGGCUGACGACUCAUCUGUCCUUGUCUCCGGACUUGUACUGGUGACAGCAGGUGUCUGCAUGAAUUACACACGAAUUCCCCUUUACGUGAUCUGGACAUCAUCCGUUUGUGUUACGAUGUAAGCCUUUAGCACCGAAGAAAAAAGAAAAAAAAAAAAAAUCGGAAGGUGCAACGGGAGGUAAUCGCAAUAGAAGAACAUUACUUGCUUGACGGAGUUGCAGCUCCUUUUCGUCCAUAAGAGCUGGCACGUCUACAAUCGAUGAGUAAUUACAGUUUUUAAUAUAUGGUCAUUGAUAUUUCUGUCAUGCACAUAAACACAUGCUCUCUCUCUCUUUCACACCUGAUAUAAAUU